GGCAGCACUGUAAUCAUUGUAGGUGGAAAGUGUAUUAACGCGACCUGAAUGUCGAACGAACGAUCUUUCUAAGUGAAGAUUUAUGUGCUAGAAAAACAAUUAAAUUAUUUUAAGUGCAUUGAUUAAUUCUACAAAUCCUGACAAUUAAUUAUCCAUCAUGGAGCAGAUUCCACCCCCCAAGGAGGUGAAGAUCUUGGAGACUGCAGAGGACAUUCAAGAACGACGUGAACAGGUUCUCAAUCGCUAUGAAGAUUUCAAACAAGAAGCACGCGCUAAGCGUGAAAAGUUGGAAGACUCUCGUCGCUUCCAGUACUUCAAACGUGACGCCGACGAGUUGGAGUCCUGGAUACAGGAGAAGCUGCAAGCUGCUAGUGAUGAGAGCUACAAAGAUCCUACUAACUUGCAAGCUAAGAUCCAAAAACAUCAAGCUUUCGAGGCCGAAGUAGCAGCGCACUCUAACGCGAUCGUAGUCCUCGACAACACUGGCAGUGAAAUGAUAUCAGCUGGACACUUCGCUUCUGAGACUAUUCGCAAGAGGCUGGAUGAACUGCACCGUCUAUGGGAGCUGCUGCUCUCCCGUCUCGCCGAAAAGGGCAUGAAGUUGCAACAGGCCCUGGUGCUGGUGCAGUUCCUUCGUCACUGUGAUGAAGUCAUGUUCUGGAUACAUGACAAGGAGACAUUCGUGUGUGCCGAUGAGUUCGGUUCGGACUUGGAGCACGUGGAAGUUCUGCAGCGCAAAUUCGACGAGUUCCAGAAGGAUAUGGCGGCGCAGGAGUAUCGCGUCACCGAGGUCAACCAGCUCGCUGAAAGGCUCGUGCUCGAAGGACAUCCCGAGCGAGAGACUAUUGUGAAGAGAAAGGAUGAGCUGAACGAGGCCUGGCAGCGUCUUCGUCAGAUGGCACUAAUGCGUCAGGAGCGUCUAUUUGGAGCGCACGAGAUUCAGCGCUUCAACCGUGACGCAGACGAGACCAUCGCCUGGAUCUCAGAGAAGGAUGUCGUUCUCGGAUCUGAUGAUCAUGGCCGUGACCUGGCUACCGUCCAAACCUUGCAGCGGAAACACGAGGGCGUAGAGCGCGAUCUGGCAGCUCUGGAAGACAAGGUCACCACUUUGGACGGAGAAGCCGCCCGACUCGCCGCUAUUCACGCCGACCACGCACCCGCCAUACAUGGCAAACGAGAUGAAAUCGCGAACGCCUGGCAAAGACUGGUUCAGAAGGCUCAGGAACGUCGUACCGAGCUCGAAUCAUCCUACGCACUCCAUCGCUUCCUGGCCGACUACCGCGACUUGAUUUCGUGGAUGAGCGACAUCCGCGCGCUUAUUGCAGCUGAUGACCUCGCGAAGGACGUUCCUGGGGCCGAGGCCUUGCUGGAGAGACAUCAGGAGCACAAGGGUGAAAUGGACGCGCGUGAAGACGUAAUGAACGCUUGCGCGUCUAGUGGAGAGGCGCUGGUAGCCGCUGGACACCGCGGCUCAGCUGAAGUACGUACGGCACUGGAGGCCCUUCAACGUGAUAGAGAAGCGCUGAACGCGCUGUGGGAACAGCGAAGAGUUCUGUACCUGCAGUGUAUGGAUCUGCAGCUUUUCUAUAGAGACACGGAACAAGCUGACACCUGGAUGCACAAACAGGAGGCUUUCCUUGCUAACGAAGAUGUUGGCGAUUCUUUGGAUUCAGUGGAGGCUCUGCUAAAGAAACAUGAAGAUUUUGAGAAGUCUCUCGCCGCCCAGGAAGAAAAGAUCAAGGCCUUAGACGAAUUCGCUACUAAACUCAUUGAAGGUCAACACUAUGCCGCCGACGACGUAGCCCAGAGGAGAGAGAUGCUCCUUGAGCGUCGCGCCGCCUUGCUGGAGAAGUCGAGUCAGCGUCGCGCCUUACUCGAGGACGCCUAUAAGUACCAGCAGUUCGAACGCGACUGUGACGAGACUAAAGGCUGGAUCAACGAGAAGCUCAAGUUUGCCACCGAUGAUAAUUAUCUAGACCCCACCAACCUGAACGGUAAAGUGCAAAAACACCAAAACUUCGAACAGGAACUGUUGGCAAAUAAACCUCGCGUGGACGAGAUCAACGCUCUGGGGAGUAAGCUGCUCGAACAAGAACACUUCGCGAAACCUCAAAUCGAGUCCCGUAUGGAAGAACUAGGCGGCUUGUGGGAGAGACUUGUUCAGGCAUCCGAGCUGAAGGGCAGCAAGCUGCAGGAGGCGGCCGCUCAGCAACAGUUUAACCGAGCAGCCGAGGAUAUUGAACUGUGGCUGUCCGAGGUCGAGGGACAGCUGCUUAGCGAGGAUUACGGGAAGGAUCUCACUAGUGUACAGAAUCUGCAAAAGAAACAUGCGCUGCUUGAAGCUGACGUCAGCUCUCACGCUGAGCGGAUUGAGGCGCUGAGGGAACAGGCUGAGCAGUUCAUUGAGAAGGGACACUUUGAUGCUGACAACAUCAAAGCUAAACGGGACGCCCUUGUAGCUCGAUACGCAGCCCUUGACAAACCGAUGGCCGUUCGUAAGCGGCGUCUUUUGGACUCUUUGCAAGCGCAGCAGCUCUUCAGAGAUCUGGACGAUGAAGCCGCCUGGAUCCGUGAGAAGGAACCUAUCAUCGCCUCCACCAACAGAGGUCGCGAUCUGAUCGGCGUUCAGAACCUGAUGAAGAAACAGCAGGCGGUGAUGGGGGAGAUGGCGCAGCACGAGGCGCGAGUGGAGGCCGUGCGAGCCGCCGGCGCCGCGCUCAGGGACGCGGGACACUUCGCCGCCGCGGACAUCGCCGCGAGGCUGCACUCACUCACCGCCACUUGGACACAGCUGCAGGAGAAGGCGCUGCAGCGCAAACAAGACCUGGAGGACUCUCUCCAAGCGCAGCAAUACUUCGCGGAUGCCAACGAGGCGGAGUCCUGGAUGCGAGAAAAGGAACCCGUGGCCAACACCCAGGACUACGGCAAGGAUGAAGACUCCUCCGAGGCACUGCUCAAGAAACACGAAGCGCUUCUGUCCGAUCUCGAAGCCUUCGGAAACACCAUCAAAGCCCUCAGGGAACAGGCGAACUCCUGUCGGCAACAGGAAUCUCCCAUAGUGGACGUGUCGGGCAAGGAGUGCGUCGUAGCUCUGUACGACUACGCCGAGAAGUCACCGCGCGAGGUGUCCAUGAAGAGAGGCGACGUGCUGACGCUGCUGAACUCCAACAAUAAGGACUGGUGGAAGGUCGAAGUGAACGACCGCCAGGGCUUCGUGCCAGCUGCUUAUGUGAAGAAGAUCGACGCCGGCCUGUCCUCCUCUCAACAGAAUCUCGCCGAUUCCAACUCCAUCGCGGCCAGACAGAACCAGAUCGAAGGCCAAUACGACAAUCUGCUAGCGCUCGCUCGCGAGCGUCAGAACAAACUCAACGAGACUGUGAAGGCUUACGUUCUCGUUAGAGAGGCGGCGGAACUAGCGACAUGGAUCAAGGACAAGGAGAUGCACGCGCAAGUUCAAGACGUCGGAGAGGACCUGGAGCAGGUGGAGGUGAUGCAGAAGAAGUUCGACGACUUCCAGAACGACCUUCGAGCCAACGAGGUCCGCCUGGCUGAGAUGAACGAGAUCGCCGUGCAACUCAUGACGGUCGGACAGACCGAGGCCGCCUUGAAGAUCAAGACACAGAUGCAGGAGCUCAACUCUAAGUGGACGUCGCUACAACAGCUGACCUCGGAGCGAGCGGCCCAGCUGGGGUCCGCUCACGAGGUGCAGAGGUUCCAUAGAGACGUGGACGAAACCAAGGACUGGAUCGCCGAGAAGGAGGCCGCGCUCUCCACCGACGACCUGGGACGAGACCUGCGCUCUGUACAGACCCUGCAGCGCAAGCACGAGGGACUCGAGAGAGAUCUGGCGGCCCUCGGAGACAAAAUCCGCCAGCUGGACGACACGGCCAACCGCCUCAUGUCCACUCACGGAGACUCCGCCGACGCUACAUACAGCAAGCAGCGAGAGAUCAACGAAGCCUGGCACCAGCUGCAGGCUCGCGCCAACGCCAGGAAGGAGAAGCUACUCGACUCCUACGACCUGCAGAGAUUCCUAUCAGACUACCGUGACCUGAUGGCGUGGAUCAACUCCAUGAUGGCGCUGGUCAGCUCAGAGGAACUCGCCAACGACGUGACCGGCGCAGAAGCUCUGUUAGAGAGACAUCAGAACCAGCGCUUGGAGAUAGACGCGCAUUACGGCAUACUGCCGCAGGAACAUCGCACGGAGAUGGACGCCCGCGCCGGCACCUUCCAGGCGCUGGAACUGUUCGGCCAGCAGCUGCUGCAGGGCGGGCACUACGCCAGCGGAGACAUCCAGGACAAACUGAACGCCAUGGCCGAUGCCCGGCAGGAGCUUGAGAAAGCGUGGGUGGCUCGUCGUAUGAAGCUGGACCAGAACCUCGAGCUGCAGCUGUUCUACCGCGACUGUGAGCAGGCGGAGGCCUGGAUGGGGGCCAGGGAGGCGUUCCUGGCGCCCGCAGACGUUCCCGACGGAGGAGAUAAUGUUGAACAACUCAUUAAGAAACACGAGGACUUCGACAAGGCCAUCAAUGCACAUGAGGAGAAGAUUGCUCAAGUUCAGACACUGGCGGAUCAGCUGAUCGCGUCCGACCACUACGCCGCGGAUCCCAUUGACAAGAAACGAGCUCAGGUUCUGGACAGGUGGAGACACCUCAAGGAGGCGCUCAUAGAGAAGCGGUCACGUUUGGGCGACGAACAGACCCUGCAGCAGUUCUCACGUGAUGCGGAUGAGAUGGAAAACUGGAUCGCCGAGAAGUUACAACUCGCUACCGAAGAGAGCUACAAGGAUCCGGCGAAUAUCCAGUCCAAGCACCAGAAGCACCAAGCGUUCGAGGCGGAGCUGGCGGCCAACGCGGAACGCAUCCAAUCUGUACUAGCUAUGGGAGGAAAUCUCGUGCAGCGAGGACAGUGCAGCGGAAGCGAAGACGCCGUGCAGGCACGUUUGGCGUCCAUCGCGGACCAAUGGGAGUUCCUUACUCAGAAGACGACAGAAAAGUCUCUCAAGCUGAAGGAAGCCAACAAACAACGUACUUACAUCGCCGCCGUCAAGGAUCUCGACUUUUGGCUCGGAGAGGUCGAGAGUCUGCUCACGUCUGAAGAUUCAGGCAAGGACUUGGCAUCGGUGCAGAACCUCAUGAAAAAACAUCAACUGGUCGAAGCUGACAUUCAAGCUCACGAGGAUAGAAUUAGUGAUAUGAACGCCCAGGCCGAUGCCCUGGUGUCUUCAGGCCAGUUCGAUAGCGCUGGUAUAGGAGCUAGACGGUCGGCUAUUAACGAGCGCUUCGAGAAAGUUCGAGGGCUGGCGGCUCAUCGCCGGGCAUUGCUACAUGAGGCCAACACGCUCCAUCAGUUCUUCAGGGACAUCGCCGACGAGGAGUCGUGGAUCAAAGAGAAAAAAUUGCUGGUCGCGUCUGAUGACUACGGCCGCGACCUGACGGGAGUGCAGAAUCUGUUGAAAAAACACAAAAGAUUGGAAGCGGAACUGGCGAGUCACGAACCAGCUGUACAAGCUGUGCAAAAGGCCGGCGAGAAGCUCAAGGACGUGAGCAAUGUGGGAGUAGCGGAGAUCGAGCAGCGGUUGAAGGCCUUGGAACAGGCCUGGGAUGCCCUUCAGGCUCUGGCGGCCGAGCGCGGGGUCAAGUUACAACAGUCACUUGCAUACCAGCAGUUCCUGGCUAAACUUGACGAAGAGGAAGCCUGGAUUAGUGAAAAGCAACAGCUCGUUAUGGCCAGCGAGUGCGGAGACAGUAUGGCCGCAGUACAAGGUCUGUUGAAGAAGCACGAGGCUCUGGAGGCCGAGCUGGCGGCGCGGGGAGUCCGCGUACGAGACCUCACUACUGAGGGCGAGGCACUUCUGGCGGCUGGCAAUCUACACGCAGACGCCCUGGCACAUAGACUGCAUGCAUUGCAGGCCAAGUUGGAGAAGCUGACGAGUCUGGCGGCACGUCGCAAGGCAGCUCUCGUUGACAACUCUGCCUACCUCCAGCUGUUGUGGAAGGCGGACGUGGUGGAGUCUUGGAUCGCGGACAAGGAGACGCACGUUCGUUCGGAUGAAUUCGGUCGCGACCUCUCCACUGUCCAGACGCUGCUAACCAAACAGGACACGUUCGAUGCUGGACUCGCGGCCUUCGAACACGAGGGAAUCCAGAACAUUACGUCCCUGAAGGAACAGCUUGUGGCGGCCGGACACGAGCAGAGCGCCGCCAUCGUCAAGAGGCACGCGGACGUUAUAGCGCGCUGGCAACGCCUGCUGGCCGCCGCAGCCGCCCGGAAACAACGCCUGCUGCAACUACAGGAUCAGUUCCGCCAGAUUGAGGAACUGUAUCUGACAUUCGCCAAGAAGGCUUCCGCAUUCAAUUCAUGGUUCGAGAACGCCGAGGAGGACCUCACUGAUCCGGUUCGUUGCAACUCUAUCGAAGAAAUACGGGCGUUGCGUGAUGCCCACGCACAGUUUCAGGCGUCUCUUUCAUCAGCUCAAAGCGAUUUCGAGGCUCUAGCAGCUCUGGACGCUCAAAUCAAGUCGUUCAACGUCGGCGCCAACCCGUACACCUGGUUCACUAUGGAGGCGCUCGAAGAGACCUGGCGCAAUCUGCGCAAGAUAAUAGCGGAACGCGACGUGGAGCUGACAAAGGAGGCUCAGCGUCAGGAAGAGAACGACAAACUCCGUAAGGAGUUCGCCAAACACGCGAACGCCUUCCAUCAAUGGCUGACGGAGACGCGGUACCGGCUGCUAGGCUGGGACGGUACAUCCAUGAUGGAGGGAACCGGUUCCCUGGAGGCGCAGCUGGCGGCGCUGCGGCAGCGAGCGGGUGAGGUGCGUGCGAGGAGAGCCGACCUGCGGCGACUGGAGGAACUGGGUGCCGCUUUGGAAGAACACCUGAUCUUGGACAACCGUUACACGGAACACAGCACGGUGGGCUUAGCCCAACAAUGGGACCAGCUGGACCAGCUGUCCAUGCGUAUGCAGCAUAACCUGGAACAGCAGAUACAGGCCAGGAAUCACUCCGGAGUGAGCGAGGACGCCCUCAAGGAGUUCUCCAUGAUGUUCAAACACUUCGACAAGGAACGCUCCGGCCGCCUCAACCAUCACGAAUUCAAAUCCUGUCUGCGGGCUCUCGGGUACGACCUGCCCAUGGUGGAGGAGGGUCAGCCAGACCCGGAGUUCGAGGCUAUCCUCAAUGUGGUCGAUCCCAACCGCGAUGGCCAAGUGUCGCUGCAGGAGUACAUGGCCUUCAUGAUCAGCAAGGAGACGGAGAACGUUCACUCUUCGGAGGAGAUCGAGAACGCGUUCCGCGCCAUCACCGCGCAUCAGGACCGCGCCUACGUCACCAAGGACGAACUCUAUGCGAACCUCACAAAGGAGAUGGCGGACUACUGCGUGGCGCGCAUGAAGCCGUUCGUGGAUCCGAAGUCCGAGCGCCCCAUACCGAACGCUCUCGACUACAUCGACUUCACUCGCACGCUCUUCCAGAACUAAGCGCCUCGCCGCCGUGUUGCCGCUAUUUGCUAUAACUUAUUAAACUCCACAACAAACA